CAAGAAUCAGGGAAGCUGUCACAGUCCUUUCGGAUAUCGGAAAGGUAUUGCGUUACAGACAGUGAUACCUGUGUUCCUGCAGCGGUAGAAAAGGGGUAAGAAGAGGAUAACCAAAAACAUAAACAGCGAGACCCCCGACCUCCCGAUCACUGAUUUCUGCAAGAUAAUAGCCGCUCUGUAAUGUCAACCAUAUGUUUAUCUGCGCUGGAACACACAUGGCAACUUGUUCUGCACACGCUGUGUGUGUUUUGCGCCAUAACACGGCUGCUGUUUUGUUUUGGCUUUGAGCCAUAAAAAAUCAUUUGGGCAUUACUUUUGGUAUUACUGCGCGAUGCUGGGAAAACAUGUCUUGUCUGUUUGUAACGCAUGUGUUUCAUCUGGAGCAAAGCUAACAGACGAGUCGUUUUUGGACACGUUUUACGCGCACAUUACCACAAGAAUAUGACGCAUCAUUCUUUAUCAAAUAUCAAGCUUUCCAAGCCAUUUGAUGUUGAAUUUGAGUUUUUAUAGAUUGAAAUUCUGCAGAAAAAAAAUGUGCGAGUUCAUUUCCUGAUGACAACCAACUCUCUGACCACUUGCUGCGAGUCCACCGGCAGAUCCAUAGCCGACUCUGGUGUAGCGGCGUCCGGGCAGACACCGGUCUACUGUCCCGUGUACGAGAGCCGGCUGCUGGCCACGGCGAGGCAUGAACUCAGCUCAGCCGCCGCGCUGGGCGUGUACGGGAGCCCCUACACUGGCGGUCAAGGCUAUGGGAAUUACGUUACAUACGGCACGGACGCCUCGGCUUUCUACUCGCUGGGCACAUUUGAUACUAAAGAUGCCACAGCUUCUGCACAUGCAGGAAUAACCCAGGCGACAGCCUACUAUCCUUAUGAUCCUACUUUGGGACAGUAUCAGUAUGACAGAUAUGGUUCCAUGGAUGGGGGAACAAGGCGGAAGAACGCCACACGUGAGACAACCAGCACGCUGAAGGCCUGGCUGCAGGAGCACAGGAAGAACCCGUAUCCAACUAAAGGGGAGAAGAUCAUGCUGGCCAUCAUCACCAAGAUGACCCUGACGCAGGUCUCCACCUGGUUCGCAAAUGCCAGGAGGAGGCUCAAGAAGGAGAACAAGAUGACAUGGCCGCCCAGAAACAAGGGCUCAGAGGAGAAGAGAUAUGAUGAGGAUGAGGAUGGGUCUCAGGAGGAGCAGAUAAAAAGCGAGAACAAUGAGGAUGAGACCAGAAGUCGGCCUGAUAAAGACCUCCAGCUGAGCGACUUGGAGGAUUUCGACACGCUGGAGUCUGAGAACUCGGAGUGUGAGCUGAAGCACCGAUACCACAUGAACACACACAUGUCCACGACGGGCGACUGCCCCAGCGAACACCUCAUCAAGGACUCGUCUCUGAAAAUCUCCAUCCCUGUUUCUCUGGGAGGGGAGCAGGACUUGAGCAAAGGCUGUCUCAAAACGAACCCGGAGGAUUUCCAAGCGGACAGCAGACAGCAGGUGAAAGCAUGCUAUAACCAACAGCAGCAGCAGCAGCAGCAGCAAGGGCACCAGAUAUUAGACGGAAAACCUCGGAUCUGGUCUUUGGCCCAAACUGCGACGUCCCUGAACCAGACUGAGUACCCGUCCUGCAUGCUGAGGUGCCAGCCGCCGCCCUCCUCCCUCAGCCCAUCCCCCGCCGCUACCUCACCCGUGACCGGCCUGGACAACAGGCAGGACUCGCCGGUCACGACCCUGAGAAACUGGGUGGACGGGGUUUUCCACGACCCCUUGUUCAGGCACAGCACUUUGAGCCAGGCUCUGACCAACACCACCGUCUCUUGGACCACGAACACCAAAGGCGCCAUUCUGGAGGCUGAGAGGAGCUCGGCGGCCUUGCAGCAGCAGCAGCAGCAGCAGCAUCACGACUCCUCCAAAGACAGUGCCAUGACUUUCCCAAAAACUAUCAACAAACUUUUCUGCUCCUAACAAAACCAAAUGACCCUUUUAUUGCAGAAAGAGAGAGACUCUUUGUGUGACUGACUGAAAGUAGGAUGGAAAAGCCUAUUUCGUCUCCAUGAUUCCCUCAUUAAGUUUCAUUCGGUUUUUUUUGGUUUUUUUUAAAAAAAGCAAUGGUAGCUAUAUACUGUUACAUUGGCGUUACACAAGUGAAAUAUCCGGAUCGGUUUGACUUGUUUGAUUUAACGCACGCACAAAACGUAUCGAAAUGUAUAACUAAAAGUUUACAUAUUGGGGGAAAAAAAAAAUAGGCCUAAGGUUUACAUGAUUUUUUUUUUUUUACUUCUUUCUUUACUAUGCGCAUGCAAAUGUAAUUGAAUAUUAUUUAGGUCUCAGCAGUUGAGUAUCACUAUUAAAAGAAAAGAAAAAAAAAAAAAAAAACUCUCACAAAUGCACAGCUCUCCCAAGAAGUGGGCGAGAGCGUCUCAACUUUGUUCACUGAAAAUAAAAUGCAGUCGGUUUCUGAA